UUCAGGGCAGCAAACAUGGGCUCUACAUAAAAGCUGGGCACACUGUAAAGAACACAAGAUAAACGAAUUGUCCGAAAUUAAUUUGAUAAGAAACGUGGCGAAAAGAACAAAUAUAAAUGAAGCAUAAAGACCAUAAAAGAGUCAAAAAGGCAAAAAAAGAUAAGAAACGUUCAAAAACGCACCGAGAUGGUUCUAAAAAGUUAAAGAAGAGAGACAAAGAGGCAAAGCACAAGACGGAAUCAGGUCCAAUAAGCAGCGAUCCAGAGCAACAGACCAACAACGACAAUAAGCAGCAGACGCAGCCGGUUAUGUCCGACUUCGAUGUGCUCAGCAUCUAUGAGGAUAUAUCAAAACUAAGCGCUGUAGAGCGCUAUUUGAACAUGCUAUAUCGUCCCUUCACGUGCUUCGUGAAAACCAACUGCGAGUUCAAACUCUCCGAGUUGGACUGUUUUCUGUCGGACACGCGCUAUGAGCCGGAUAAGCACUCGGCUCUGCUCAUACGGCUCUCGAGUCCAAUAUGCAGCUUAAGGCUUUACGAUAAUGGAAACAUCUGCUGCCAGGGCUACUCGUACGACAGCGCCGCCCUGGGCAUACAUCGCUUUAUUGGCACCAUGGAGCACCUGGGCUACUCGCCCGUGUUUCAGAAUCCCAAGUUUAAUGUGGUCAAUGCGACAUUCUGUAUGCCAUUUAGCAUUCACCUAGAGCAGCUUCAUAGGGAAUAUCAUGAGGAUUGCUUAUACAAUCCAGAAACACGCCCAUAUCUGACAUACCAAAUACGCAACUCCUCCAUUAAAUUGGCCAUUUUUCACGUAGGCUAUGUGUACGUACUUCUGUCCUCCCAGCCGCGCUUCACCCAAAAGGCAAUCGCUUUCAUAAUGCCCAUACUCUUUCGACAUAGAGCCGCCAAUAGGCCCCAUGUUGCGGAGUGUAGCAGCGGCGACAUCAAUUUCAAGUUGCUGUGGGAAAAUGAAUUCCAGAAGGCAUACCAAGGCACUCUUAAAUAUUCCAGAUGAGCAAUAACUUUGCUCAACAAUGUUGAUUCUUUACUGCUGCCGCUGUUGUUGUGAUUGCUGUAGUUGUUACUGUUGCAUUUUUGCGCUGGCGUUGAAGCCAAACUUUAAUUUUCAUAUAUAUGAACACCAAAGUUUUCUAUAUGAGCAAGCAUAUCCGGUUUAUUCUCAUAACUGUCGAAAUGCAGCGCCCGGAGCACAGGAAACUUAUUAGUCGGUUAUUUAAAUGACAAGAGCCGUUAUGCAAACACACACACACACACGCACACACACACACACCAAAUUAUUUAAAUAUGUUCAUAG